CUCGCUCCACGCACGCCUCGAAGUAUUACCUGCGCUGUCUGCCGGGGACCUCUGCAGGUAGCCAGGCAGUCAGGCAGCCGGAGUCUCAUUCAUCCACUCUGCUCAUGGAGGUCUGCUCUUCCUCUGGCUGCUGACAGAGACUUGACCAGACAACUGAGGAGUUUCUGCCAGAUAGAAACACACCACCGCUUUGUACAUUCACUGUCAUAAAGAUGUUUCCUUGGACGGCUGUCUUCUCCCUUGAGCCCAAAGUGCCGGGGCAGCGCAGCACAGAGGAGCUGGUGACCAACACUCUGAUGCUGGAGCUGGGCGCCAUGGUGAAGCGGACCGAGCGCAUCCAUUUGGAGAGGGCCACCGAGGGUCGGCGCCGGCGCCGCAGCUCCUCCUCGACGGCGGACUACAGCUGGCUGGCACACACCCCGACCCCUCAGCCCUACCAGCUCACCCCCAACGACCUGCUGGAGCUGCAGGACCUCUGUGCCAAGAUCCCCCCUGCACAGUGCGGCCCUGUCAUCGUUAGGUUUCGGAGGCUGGUGUCCCAGAUGGAGCCGGAGGUCCAUGAGGUCCCCCGGCUGUUUCGCACGGUGCUCCGCGACUGCGUGGACGAGGUCAGCGGCAACGACGAGGUCCAGCCACAGAGCGCGUUUUACGAGAAGCAGCAGCGCAGCAAGAGCCUCUCCUUCGUCACGUUCCGCACAAAGUUUCGCACCGGGCAGAUGUUCAAGGGGAGCGGCCUGAGGGGCUCCCGGGGCAACCUGCAGCAGCAAGUGGAUUGGUCCGACGAUGAGGACGACGGAGAGGGCGAGGAAGAGGCCAUGAGGGCCAGAGCGAGGAAGGGGAGGAGCAAGAGCAUGCCAGAGAUCACCCCGCUGGAGCAGAGCGCUCAGGGCUGAGACCACAGGAGGAAGAUCUGUGGUGGCAAAUGGAAGAAGUCACUCCAAGGAGUGAGGGAGGAAGAGUGAGAGUAAAUCAUAAGAUGAAGACAACAAGGCUCACUUUUCUUGAGGCAGACGACAAUGACGAUGACGACAGCGGAAGCGUUUGACAAUUUUGUAACUGUUUAAUGAUAUGUAAACUUUAGAAACUCAGAUCAUUAUUGUUCAGGUUGAAUCUUCACUCUGUGCUGAUGGUUGAGUACCAGCCAGCCUUUGACCAGAGUGAGCAGGAAUCAUUUACUCUUCAAAAAUGGUCUUUUGACCAUUCCAAAACUUAGUUUUAGGUCACUGCAAUGCCACAGUUUUGCACACUGACCAAUGACGACAUUGUGACAGAUCAGCUCAUCAUCUCCAGCAAGGCGUCACGAUCCCAACCAAACUCUUAACUUUGCAAGCAGGUGAAACAACAGCAUCACUUGCUGACAAAUUCAAACACACUCCUUAAACGUGGUGUAGAAGACGUAUAAUGAACUGUCCCUUUAAAGCAUGUCAUGCAACGGGAGGAUGGGCCGAGCACACUCAGCUCAGGCUGCUUUUCUGCUGACUCGGCAGAUUCUGUCACUUUGUGCAAGCUCUCCUGUCAACAAGGUUACUGCAACUCAACCUGAAUUAUGUCUGAUGUUUUCAUUAAUUUUUUAUUCUGAAUGUGCACGCAUGUAUUUGGAGAAAUGUAAAAUGUUCUCAUGUAAGCAGUGUGAUUAAAAUGCUGUUUUCUCUA